AGCAUACAAAGAUUUUGUGGUUAAAAAAUAUAUUUUUUUAUAUCCAUCAAGUAUUCAGACACAAAUAAAUGCAGGGACAAUUAUUGCCUAUUUUACACAACUAAGACCCCAUUCUCUCUAAAUCAAUAGGUAUUGUGGCAAACUGGUUGAUGGUGUGCAGGUGCAGGUGAUCAGUGAACAGACAGACAAUUAUAAUCCAGGUGCAAAGUUUGUUUGAUGAUAGUUUUGUGUCCAGUGCCUGAUGGCAAAACAAACAGUAAACAAUAAAUGAUGUUAAGUAAUACAGCAGCGUGUAUUACUUAAUUUGUAAUUGCCGGGUUUGUCCUGAAAUAGUCUUAUACACCCCAAAAUUUAUUAUACACCCACACAAAACACAAAACACAUACACAAGUCUGUAAGUGCGUGAAUAAGUGCUAGUGGUGCAAAUACAAUUAUUGGUGAUACAAGUGCAGUGCUGUUCCAGGUGUGUGCUGGCCUCUGGUGACAGCUCUGGAACAUGUUAGCUGUCUAGUAAUAGCAAACAACAAAUAGACAGAACAAACAAACACUCACAAUACAGAUACACGAAACACAGGUCCUUCCGGGUCACUUUUGAUAAACCAAAACGAAGGAACAGAUUGCAUUGCUUCGACCCCUAUUUAUACCGUCACUCAUGACCCCUUGGUAAAUGAUUGCAGCCGCUCCUCCAAUCCGCGGCUGCCACAUCAUUUCCCUUCCGGGUCGAUGAGUUAGUGUACCAAAUCUCCACCCCUUUUCUAAAUGACGACUUCCUUUUAACCCUUGGAACGAAGUGUCAGGCCAAGCAGUCCAGGGUACUCUGUUCCUGUUACUUAGCGCCCUCACAGGUCAGGAGGGAGAUUUACCACCAAGAAUCAUUGUCUUUCUGUCACAGUAUCUAUAUUUUAUUGAAGUGUGGGUUUCUGAUACCAUAUUUAAUUACAGUACCUAUAGCUACAAGUACCUUUUUCAUGUAUUUUUUUUUUUACUCCACCAUUGCCUUUCAGUGAUGUUUGCAAAAAUACCAGCUGGUUCAGAGUUCUGUUGCACUAAUAUACAUCUUGCUUUGCCAUGUGAUAUUUGCUUCCUGUUUCUUCAAAAAUCACAUAAUGUAGUCUGUUAUAGAAACACAGCAAAACAACACAGGCUUUGGUUGCAUGUAAGAUGGCAGUCGGUUAGAUGGCGGUCAUUUUGUGGGCCUGUAUUACAGAGACGUUAGUAUUGUCUAAAGAAACACUGGCCAAAUUGAACAUGAAAAUUAAACAGAAAACCGCGUUGUUUACUCCCCCUGGGUAUUGACUGUUGAAACAGCUGUAGCUAAUUAAUCCCAUUCCAUCCCUUAUCAGACUGCAUUGUUUCAUUUUCCACCAGGUGACUUCCCUGCAAGAGAUAGAACAAGGUUACUAUCAAUGCAUUGUAAAUAUGUAAAUAAAUAAUUCUACCUUUUCUCUAGAAAACAUAUGGCAGCAAUUACAAUAAAGCAAUAACUAUAAUUAAAUAGAUUGAGAUAUAUUCUGUAGAUGUAACUUCAGCAGCUGGGACCCUCUGUAGGGACAGCUACAUGAUUAUUGAAUGCAAUUCAUGCUCUAGUGGACUUCAAUCUGCAGUUGAAUCAUCAAGUGCUGUAUUACUGAAGCACAGGUCGCUAAAUAUUUUUUUUAUCUAACAUUCAACUAAUCAGUAUUGCACUUUAUUGAACAAACAAGCCGCCCCUGUGCUUUAAGCAAACAAUGACUUUCAUGCUCACCAGCUGGGCUAGCUUUGGCCCCUAUUGACAAGCUCCUGAUUGCCAAGGUAAUACAACUAUGUACACUCCUGCCUUUAGUUAAAAAGAGCGCAUGUUCUCAGAAAGGUAUUCUUUUUUACUAGACUACAAGACAAAAACACAUGUUGGCAGUAAAGAAAUAAUUAGGAGUAUCUUCAGUCGGUGGGCAAGCUAAAUUAAACUCCAAAAGAAGAGCUGAUAAAAUAUAAAUAUGAAUUCCACAUUCUACAGCAAUUCUACAGAACUUGCUGAAGAUGAAUACCCUGUUAACGCCUCAGUUGCCGGAGAAGGGCAAUGGACUAAAACACAUUGCUCAUUAGGCAGAGACAACUUAAUUUCCGUGCUGGUGCUUAUUUCAUACAUAACUAUUUUCAUAGUUGGACUGAUUGGAAACAGCACUGUGGUUGGGAGGACGUGUCUCUUACGAUGCAGGUCUUCAGUGGAUAUGUACAUUGUCAACUUAGCUAUAGCCAACCUGUUGUUCAUAUCCACUCUUCCUUUUUGGAUUCUUAACACCCUCCAGAAUAGGUGGCCUUUUGGGUCGGUAAUGUGUAAGCUUUGUUCAUUUGCCUCAUCACUCAAUAUGUAUUCAAGUGUCUUCUUCAUCACAUGCCUGAGCAUUGAUCGAUACCUUGCUAUUGCUUAUCCAGGGACGUCACUGAAGAUGCAGCACAUUAGCAGGGUCCUUGUAUCUUCAUGCCUGAUCUGGGUCACAGCUUGCGCAGUCAGCCUCCCAACUAUCUUUCUGCAUCAGAGCAGCUUCUCCAAGGAAAGGAACACCACAGUGUGCACCGUGGUGUAUCCACGACACCACACUGCACAGUGGACCAUGGCUAUAGACCUGGGUGAGAACAUGGUGGGGUUCGUUAUCCCUUUUCUGCUUCUGGGAGUUAUCUACCUUCUCAUCUACAGAGCUCUGAAUCACACCCUCAAGCCUGAGACAAGUAAGCAAGGCAGAAUGCUGGAGACAGCUUCAGCCCUGUUGUUGGCUUUUCUGAUUUGCUGGCUGCCAUUCCAGACUGUAACUUUCCUCAGAGAGUUAGUAAAGUUCCAAAUGAUCACUGAUUGCCGUCUUGUCAGUGUGAUUGAAGCGGCCCUACCAGUCACUGUAUGUGUGGCAUACUCCCACAGCUGCAUCAACCCCAUACUGUCCUGGUUUUGUGGUGGGUACUUCAAGAAUCGCCCCAGAAAGCCCUCUUUACCCCCUACGUCUAUCUACAUGAGGCCCACCACUGUCUCUGAGCAAGAGAAGAGUGGAGAAAGACCCGCUGAACCCUGACAAUGUGCUAUUAAAACACUCAUCACAGAGGAUGCCGUUGCAACAUACAAUGGAAUUGUAACACUUCACCUUCACAUUGAUACAUAUGAAGAAUCUAUAAGUAUGGUGCUGCUCACAUCAUUUCUGCAAUUUAUAGACUUAUCCAAAGUUAUACCUAAGGUUUUAGACUACUUAAUGUUACCUUAUGUAAGGUAGUCUUAGAGUAGUGCUAAUCAGGGUCUGUGAAACCACCUCAAAAUUAAGUUUCUUAUAUAUGUUUUUUUUUUAGCCUAUACUUACCUUAACCACACGCAUGAGCUAGCAUUGACAUGUGGAGAGUAUUGACAGAAGAGCCUAACUGAUUUAUCAUAGUUUUUAUUGUAAAUUUAUUUUGGUUUUACUUUGCUUUAUGAUUACUGCUUGUGUAAGUGUUUGUGUACGGUAUAGUGGCACUUUUACUGUAUAUGGUUCUGUCUUAUUGUUCUCUUGACUGGGUUUGAUAAAUGUAAUUAACCUAUGCUCAAACCGUUGUCACAUUAACCCUUAAUUUGAUCUUAAUUUCUAAUUCAUUUAAACCUGUUAUUGCCAUGUACAAUAUUUAUGUAUUAUAAAAAGGAGUAAUGUGUGAGUAGUGUAUAUUUACUCUUUUUAAUUAUUUUUAAAACUUGGUAAGCGACCUAGUUAUGGUGUGUAAUUCCCAAUUUUCGUCCCUUAUUGCCCUUAGUAAAUGCAUAACAAAGUGAAAUAAAACACAGUAUAAAUAGAUAAGCAUUGUAAAGCACAGAUAUGGUAAAGCAUACAAAUAAAAUGGCAGACCAUGCUAAGCUAUUGUAAAUAUACAAUUCUAAUCAUGGGAAAACUGCUAAAUUACUGUACAAAUGUAAUGUUGUAUACUUUUAAAAGGGUUAUGAGUAACAUGCUUUAAGGCAGACCUACUAAUGAACCAUAUAAACUAGUGUAUUACAAACGCAUGCCACCACACAUCUUCUCUAAAAGUCUACAGUCUUCUGAAAUUCCUUGUAUUAAGAUGAAUUUUGAAUUAAGUGUUCUUACUUUGCUAUAUUCUGCUCCUAUUCGAUUGUAACAAUUCUCAACUCCACAACUGUGCAAGCUGUAUUAUUAUAGCAAGAUUUAUGAAAUAUGUGAAAAGUAAUGAGAAUAAAUAAAAAAAAGUAACCCAGAAAAUUGUAAGAAAAAAAAUUCACAAACCAGCUGCCUAGUAGGGGUUAGUAUAGUGUAAUAUUGUCUUGCUGGCUUUCAAAUGUCAGCAUUCAUGGAUUUCUAGAUUUGAGGGUGGCUUGUCUUGCUUUGUGACAUCACAAGGGGGUGGGUUUUAUAGUGUUACAUCACCAGGAGGAGGGCCAUUCUUCACUGGAUACUCCUGCUGUUAAGAAGAAAUGGACAACCAACUAUAUUUUUAGGGCAAAUAUUGGUGGUACUAAAAUUGGCUGAAUUUAAAAACCUUAUAAACUGAGCAACAUUUUAAAAAUAAAACAAACAAAAAUAUUCCAGUGAAAAGUCUGCAUCUUUUUUUUGUAAAAAGGAAAAACAAACUGUAAAUAUUACAAAGUUUCAACUAAAGUUUCAUGUAGGAGUUCCUACAUUCAACCUUUUUCUGUUACAUUUGAAAAAGCUUUGUGAAUCUGGCCAAAUGUCUGUCCCAAAACUAUGGUGGGAAAUCAUUCUUAACAUUAUACAAGAACACACAUAUCACUA